AUCAUCGUCGUCGUCGUAGUCGUCGUCGUCGUUCUGCGGGGAGGAUGAUGGCGUCUCCCUGAGCUGGGAGGAGGGGGCGAGCGCCGAGAGACGUCAGCAUCUCCGCUUCCUUUGUGUUCAACGCGGAUGGCGAAAGAUGACAUGGCAGAAGUAGACGCGGCGCCGCGCGGCGGAGCGGGUUCCGCCGCCGCCGCCGCCGCCGCCGACCCCCCCUCGGCGUUUACGUACGAGGAGUACGAAUGCAAAAUCUGCUACAAUUACUUCGACCUCGACCGCCGGGCGCCGAAGAUCCUGGAGUGCUUGCACACCUUCUGCGAGGAGUGCCUCAACACGCUGCACCUCCGCGAGGAGCGGCCGUGGCGCAUCAGCUGCCCGGUGUGUCGACACCGGACGCCGGUGCCGGACUACCGGAUACAGAACCUGCCCAACAACACCAAGGUGACGGAGGACUUCCCGCUCUACAUCGACUCCGACCCGCUCCCGCAGGACGCCUUGCCGCCCUACCCUCCGCCGCUGCACCCGGCUCUGGUGGCGCUCCGCCGGGAGGAGGCGUCGGGAGCGUCCGGCGGCGGCGGCGGCGGCCAAGCCACGCCGUCCACCACCGUGUCCACGGCCACCACCCUCUCGCAAGACUCUGCGCGCUACGACAGCUGUCAGAGCUGCAAGCGGGUGGCUCUGACCACCGGAUGCGUGUGCGUGAUCUUCUCCUUCCUGUCCAUGCUGGUGUUGCUCUUCAUGGGCCUGAUCUUCGUGCACAGCCACAGCAUCCCUCCGUCCCCGGCGGGACCCAUCUGCUUGUCGGUGGCCAGCAUCCUGGCCAUGUUCUCGGUGGUGGUCACGUGGCUCAUCUGCUGGCUCAAAUACCGCCCGGACCACGAGACGGGCCGCUCGUCCGCCACCGGAAACUCCCGGAGGAACGCCUGAGCUUGCUGGGACUUGUCCCCUUUUUUUCUAUAAUGAAAUCAUCCUAAAUGGCCUUUAGCUGAUAGCAAACACCCAAAGGCCUUUGAGGUCAACCUUUCUCUUAUUUUCUCCGCAAAAUAUGCACUUAUACUCAGCAUCAAGGGGUCGGAAUUGGGGGGUUAAAUCACCAAAAUGAUUCCCGGGCGCGCCCACCGCUGCUGCUCACUGCUCCCCUCACCUCCCAGAGGGUGGAACAAGGUGAUGGGUCAAAUGCAGAGGACACAUUUCACCACACCUAGUGUGUGUGUGAAAAUAAUUGGUACUUUAACUUAACUUUAACUUUAACUUAUAGCAGGGGUGUCAAACUCAUUUUAGAUGGGAAAAAAUCUACUCCCAAACAUGGCACGAUAACUUAAAAAUAAAGACAACUUCAGAUUGGGUUCUUUGUUUAAAAAUAGAACAAGCUCAUUCUGAAAUUGUAAAAAAAUCAUAAUGUUGUUGGGUUUUUUUCACACGUACAUGUUGCGGUUAAUAGUAUUCUCUCUUUAUUUCCAUCCAUCCAUCCAUUUUCUACCGCUUAUUCCCUUCGGGGUCGCGGGGGGGGGGCGCUGGAGCCUAUCUCAGCUACAAUCGGGCGAAAGGCGGGGUUCACCCUGGACAAGUCGCCACCUCAUCGCAGGGCCAACACAGAUAGACAGACAACAUUCACACUCACGUUCACACACUUGUCGUUAUUUAUAUUUUCUAAAUAAAUGAUGUGAUCAUGUUCAUCAGUCAACUCAUUGGUGUUAAUUUUCAAUCCAUCAAUAUAUAAACAUUAGUAUGGGGAACAUACUCUUAAGUCAGUGGUCCCCAACCUAUUUGUAACUGUGGACCGGUCAACGCUUGAAAAUUUGUCCCAUUUUUUUGGUCAUAAAAAAAAUUCAAUCAUGUGUGCUUACGGACUGUAUCCCUGCAGACUGUAUUGACCUAUAUUCAUAUAUAAUAUAGGAACCUGAAAUAUUAAUAACAGAAAGAAACAACCCUUUUGUGCGAAUGAGGGAGGUUUUUUGGGUUGGUGCACUAAUUGUAAGUGUAUCUUGUGUUUUUCAUGUUGAUUUAAUAAAAAAAAAAAAGUAUUUAAUUUAUUAUUUUUUUAAUUUCUUGUGCGACCCGGUACCAAUCGAUCCACGGACCGGUACCGGGCCGUAGCCCGCUGGUUGGGGACCACUGCUCUAAGUAACAAAGACUUAAUUUAGAGUUAUUUGGACACCAGUAGAACAUAUAAGGGUUAGGGUUACUAAUAAGCAAUAAUUCUGAGGUUAUUGGGGGAAGACUCUUAGUUAAUGGCUUACUGGUUGUAUAAUAAGGCCAUGCAGAAUAAGGCAUUAAUAAGUACUUAAUAAUGACUAAUUAAGAGCCAUUAUGUUACUAAUUUGCAUGUUAAUAAGCAACUAAUUAAUGGUGAAUAUGUGUUCCCCAUACUAAAGUGUUACCUUAAAUGAUGUCAAAAUCAAAUUACAGUAUGUUAUUUAUGUAGUUUGAUCAUUUUCCUUAUUUUGUAUAUAUGUAGCAUCAUCUACAAAGAUACAAAGAAUUGCUAUUGCGACAUCUAGUGGACACAUUUAGAACAAGUCUCAUUCAAAGAUUUCAGGUUAAUUUUUAUACUUAGCAA